AUGCCCGCCGCCCUCCCAGCAACGCAGUACGCCGCCGCCCCGCCGCACAUACAGUCCCUUCUCCCCCGCCUCCUCAAAGAAGGCCUCACCCCCGGCAGCGCACACGGCCAGUCCCGCCCAGGCGAGCUGGUCCAGGUGCUGCUCGAACACUGCAUCCUCAAACCCCUCUCAUCGGGCACCCCAGUCGAUCCACAGCAAUCAUCAUACACCCUUGCUAUCAUUGAUAGUCAGACCGCCUCAAAUCCCUCGUAUCUCCUCGACAUCUUCGCCGAUGCGCCCUUUUACCAAUGGCUGCUUCCACGACUCAUAUACAUUGCGUCAAUAUCCCGGCUUCCUCUUUUGGCAGACGAAGCUUCAGCGGCUGUCGUCAGCGUCAUACGAGGGAUAGCGAGAGAUUCGUCGGAAGCGUCGGACCCAUCCGUUUUAGGGGGGCCAGCAAGGGCAGCAAAAAUAUUGGAUAGUAUAAUCUUGUUUUGCCAAGAUAUCCUCGACUAUAGAGACGCAAAACUGUUUCAUUGCCAAUGCCUCCCCAGCAACUGUGCCAGCCUCUUAUGCUCUCUUUCCAUCGUUGUCCAGCUCGACCUCACCUUCUCCUCCGCCUUUCAAUCUACUGCCUGCAAUAUGCUAUCACAAGCAAUCCCUCUGAUACAGACGGAUGAUCUGCAGACGCGAUUCAUUAGAGCUGUCACUAGCGCCAUAUCUUCUGGUCGCUUUGAGGGUGUAACCAAGGCCUGCGCUUCUCUUGCGGGCGUGACCUUCUCAAAUGACCUCGAAGGCCAAAUAGCUCUGAAGGAUUUCUACAAGAAUAUCUCGCUAGCGCACGAAGAGAUUCGUGUCGAAGUAUGGUGGUGCUUGUACCAGCGAGUCCAUACAUUGGAUAUGACGGACGACUGCGUUGGCUAUCCAGCCAUCAAUCAUCUUUUGACCUCGAUCCCCCCUAGGCUGCCACACUCCUCCAUCCAAGAAGCUCUUGAGUCCGAGGGCAUUAUCAAGAUAUGGCUUGCCAAAGCUCGUGAAAUAGCUGAUAGCACUGGUGAUCCCUCCAAAGAGCGUAGGAUUCAGGCCUUCAGGCGACACGAAACGCACGAAACCGACCUGCCUUCGCUGCCGUCAAAAAAGAGAAAGCGUAAUAACGGCGAGGCGACUGUGCGACAGGAUCUCGAAAAGCUGUAUCCGGAUACAGCAGGCGCGGAGGACCUUGUGGAUAUAUUGCUGCGCCAAGAGGAAUCAUUGGCGCCUCUGGCUCCUAUGAUGCCUCGCAUUGUCUGUGAGAUCGCCGGGGAACAUCGGCAUACUCCUUCAGUUUCGCCUCGGCAGCUGAAACCAAACGUUUUGGAUUUAUGGCUUAAAGUGGCCGUGACUGAUUUGUCAAUGAUGAACGCGCUGGCAGCAAUCUUCAUGCAUACACCAGCUAAAGUCGUCGCGACCAGCAUGCAUAUUGCAGAGCGCGCCGCUAUCAUGGAUGUCAUCAGCAGCGGCUUGCUUGAUUCAGACAGGGGUAUGAGAGUCGCUACUAGUCGAGCGCUGGUUUCCCUAUUCAUUGCUCAAGAUUCACACCCGGAUCCGCGCGUUGCCAAAAGAAAUCAACAUGGGUAUAUAGAUGCCCUAGUCCCCGUCCUAAAGCCCUUGGCUACCGGAGAAGUGGCUACAUUGGCUCUCGGAGAGAUAGGUCGCUAUGCCGAACGCGACGCGCUCUGCUCCGUACUACGCCUUCUCUUGGAACAACUUGGGUCGUCCCACGAACACCUAAGGAGUGUCGCCUAUGCUGCUCUGGUGAACCUUGCCAAGGCGCGGAAAAAGACGCCCUAUGCCCUUCUGAACCCCUUCCUAGACCGCAUUAGUGUUGUCCUUGCGGAGAGCAUUCAGCGCUCUCCAGAAAUGGUCGCCGAAACCACAUCCUUCCUCAAGUCCAGCCGACAAAUACUCUUCUCUGCGUCGCUCCAGCACGUUGUGCCAGCGCUGGUCUUGUCCCGAAAUCUAGACGCUCUAUCAACGGUGGCCGGGAUCGUCAAACAAAACAUAGGUGUAGCCAUCAUGGACAACAUGGCUCAUGUACUGGCGCAUAUUUUUGUGCACCCUUCCAAGAUCAAUACCACUCUCGACUUUCUCGUCAAAACUAUGCGCUCGAUUACGGAUUCCUCCAUUUCCGUCCAGUCCAUGAUGCGGUCGUGCACCGUUGAUUUCUGUGUGAUACUAGUCAUACAGCUGGGCGAUGAGGAUCCCAAUGUUAGAGAUGCGGCACAGAAGGGUCUCAAGAAAGCCAAAGAGUAUAGUGAAGAGAAGAAAACCUCAAAUCAGGACGUGGGCGCUUUCCUCAAACCUCACAUGGCGGGCAUCAUAUCGCAACUGAACGAUAUGCUGCAUGGGGCUUUGGGGAAGAAAACAGCCUCAGAAAAAUGCAAAAUGAUUCGGAGUCUGGGCGAGUUGAUCAAGAUGGCAGGGGACUCCAUGACGUCUUUUUCUCCUCAGAUAAUGGCAAGCCUACAAAGCACACUAGGCGUCAAAGAGCUCAGACUAGAGACUCUCAACACCUGGUUGACCUUUGUGGAUACUUUGAGAUUUCGAAACGUCGGCCCCUUUGUCGGUCGCACGACAGGCGCACUUGUCACCAAUUGGCCAAGUUUCGACUCGGAGGCCAAACAAGUGGCAAAAAGGAUAGUGGACCUUAUUGCGUCCAACACCAAAGAACUCAAAGAGUUUACAGAUGAGGUCGUGGGCAUGGACCACAUUCCCGAGCUGAGACACGCGGCAGCAACACUGGCCGGACCCGGAAAGAAAGCCCCCGUGUCAGUGCGGAUAUCCAAAGUCCUGGACAGAGCCGCGAGCAACAAUGUGGCUAUCUCAACAGCAUCAAUGAACGAGCUCAAACGCCUGUUGCUUCAACAUCAAAAUGAUGUGCUCAAGCUCGCGCAAGGAGACACAUUCGACGCCAUCGCCGCCAAGAUAAUGUCUGUUCUCUUCACGGUAGCUACUAGGGAUGGGGAUUACGACGAGUUGAGGGACUUGAGCUAUGAGUGUAUGGGCAUUCUGGGCGCCUUGGAUCCCGAUCGACUGGGUUAUCAGUCGGAAAGUGGUACUGUCCUACUCAUGUCCAACUUCAAUGACUCGCAAGAGUCAAUCAAUUUCGCGCUACAUCUUGUGCGCGACUUGCUUGUCGAUGCCUUCCGUGCGACGAAUGAUACCACCCAUCAAACAUAUCUAGCAUUUGCUAUACAAGAGCUACUGCGUUUCUGUGGGUUCACCAUCAAAGUUGUUGCGCAGGACAGCCGGGGGGUGGACCCCCAAAUCCUAUCGCGAUGGGCAAGUUUCCCGAAAGAUCAGCUCGAGACACUUACACCUCUUCUUGAGACUCGAUUUUCUCUGCGAGACUCCACUGCUCGCACCUUUGUCUAUCCGAUAUACGCAUCCACAAAUACGUAUCGGGAAUGGCUACAGGGAUGGACAACAGACCUGAUAAACAAGGUCAUGUCUAUGCCCGGACAGGGCAGAGCAGAGGCCGAUAGCAAAUCGAUCUUUGGAGUGUUCAAAGGCAUCAUUUUGAAGCACCAAGAUGUUACUGUGGCCCACCACAUGCUUCCCCAUCUGGUGUUGAACGUCCUGCUUUCCAACAACCAAUUGUACAACGAUGAGAUUUCUCUCGAGAUCAACACAGUCCUGCAAGAUCAGGUGCAGCCAUCGGGGCCCACUGGGCGACGAUCACUCGCAGCGCAGGUCAUCUUUGACUUGAUGGACCAUCUGAGCAAAUGGCUGCGUCUAACCCGAGUCAAGCCAGACAAAUCGGAGCGCUCAGUCAAGGGAAAACCUGUGGAGCAAGUCCUGAAUAGUAUCGAGACUGAACUCAUGGCACACGCGGCUAUGAACAGCAAAGCGUAUGCGAGGUCACUGAGAAGCUUUGAAGAACGGGUUGUGCAGCUCACACGCGAGGGGCGUGCCCGCGAUGACCUGCAGCAAUAUUACGAAAACUUGCACCAUAUCUACGCCGAGUUGGACGAGCCUGACGGUAUGGAGGGCGUCUCCACCUUUGUCAUAUCGCCAACAUUGGAGCAUCAGAUCAGAGAGCAUGAAAGCACAGGUAGAUGGACUGCGGCACAGAGUUGUUGGGAGGUGAGAUUGCAACAGUCACCCGAUGAUGUGACUCUCCAUCAUGGGUUGCUCAAAUGUCUUCGAAACCUCGGUCAUUAUGAUACCCUGCGUACCCAUAUCCGAGGCGUACUCAGCCGCCAUCCGGAGUGGCGUGCUCCGCUGGUUCAACUCGAGGCAGAAGCAGCGUGGAUCAUUGGGGAUUGGGACACUGUACGGCUGGUAGGCAAAGACUGCCCCCCGAUUGGAAAGGCCUUGCUCGCCCUUCACGAGAACCAAGAUCUUAAGAUUGUUCUGAAGCAGGUGAGAAGCGAAGUCGGCAUCGGUAUCACAGGCAAAGGGUACAACUCGGCUCAAGAUGCCUUACUCCAACUGCACAUGAUACACGAGAUAUCAAUGAUCAACGAGACUAAAACGCGCAUUGAGACUACCCCUCGCAACGCCAACAGACAGGCAAUUAUCCAGGCAGGGGUGCGAAGUCUCAACAAGGCUCUUGAAGACCGAUUCCACACCACUUCGCCGGCGUUCCGAACACGUGAAGCAAUCCUCAGUGUCCGAAGAACAGCCUACGGAUUGAUGAAUACGCCUUCUCUCAAUCCAGAGAUCGGCGACGCAUGGAUCCUCAGCUCCAAAAUUGCUCGUAAAGCUGGCUACGAGCAGACAGCUUACAGCGCAACCCUUCAGGCUGUAUCAGCUUCGGCGCCUUUCGUAUUUGUGCAGCAAGCGAAGCUUCGCCGUGCUCAAGGCAGCGUUCUGAAGGCAUUGACUGAUUUGGAAAAUGCCUUGGCGAGUGAAAAGAGGAAGCUGUCAGGGAAGGGAACCAAUGACGACGAUAUGAAUCAACAGAUCAAGAUGGCAAAGGCUGUACUCUUGAUGGCACGAUGGGCCAACGAAACGGACAGAUUCGAACUGAACGAGAUCAUCACGAGGUACAAAGAGGCAAUCAACUUUUGCGACAACCUAGAGUCGCCCUACUAUCAUUUUGGUCAUUUCUACGACUCUUUGACGGGAGAAACAAAGGAGAAGUGGGUCGAUCGACGAGACGCUAUGGAAAUGCUUACAUCGCACAGCACUGUCUUCAAAUACCACACAGUCCUCAUGUAUUCAAAGGCAUUGCGCUACGGCGUCAAGUACAUAUUUCAAACCAUGCCUAGGAUGCUUACCAUCUGGCUUGACCUGGGUGAGACAACUGACACGAGAAAAGACAAAUACGUCAAAAGUAUACAUGAUACUAUCCACAAGGCCGCGCGGGAAUUACCUCCUUAUCAAUUCUUCAUGGCUUUCCCUCAAAUCGUUUCUCGGAUCAUGCACCCCGACCCCAACGUGUUCAAAGAGCUUCGCGAAAUCAUGGUCCGAGUCCUUUGCCAAUAUCCUCAACAAGCCUUGUGGCCAAUGGUAGGGGUAAUGCAGUCCAAUCAGAUUGAGAGAAAGAAUAUGUGCCGGAAAGUGCUGGACAAGGCAAUCCCCAUCGCCAAAGCAGUCCAGGACGCAGAUGCUUUCUGCAGCACCUUGCUGCGACUGGCUGAUCAUCCGCCAGAUGACAAGAAAUACAAAUCUCUCAAGAAUGAUUUCCCUUAUGUGCUCAGGGUGCUCCCUUCCACAAUGAUAUUACCCCUACAGGAUGCUCUCACAUGCCCGCUACCCACUUCCUCCGAUACAGUUCAAACCCACACGCCCUUUCCUUCCGAACCCAUCGAGAUCAAGAACAUUGCGGAUCGAGUAGAGAUGAUGUCUUCUCUGGUGAAGCCCAAGAAGCUCAUGUUCAUUGGAAGCGACGGCAAGGAGUAUCCAUUCUUGUGUAAGCCACACGACGAUCUCCGCAAGGAUGCUCGUUUGAUGGAUCUCAACUCGAUGAUCAAUAAACUGUUGAAGAGAGCUUCGGAGUCCCGAAAGCGUCAGCUUUAUGUUCGGACUUAUGCUGUCAUGCCACUCAACGAGGAGUGCGGUCUCCUGGAAUGGGUAGCAAACACGGCUCCUUUCAAAAGUAUUCUAGAGAAAUGCUACGCCCGAUACGGGAAACGAGUCUGGGUAAGUGAUGUUGGUCUCAUGCAAACAAAGCUGAUUCAUCAUCUGCGCUCCAGUACGGUGAUCAUCAAACGGCCAUGGGCAAUGCACGCAAGCAAAAUCUGGACGCGUUACCAACCGACGCGGUUCAACGAGUGGUUUUUGACAACAUGGCCGGAACCCUCCGCAUGGAUGGCCAGCCGUUCAGCCUAUAGUCGCACGCUUGCUGUGAUGUCAAUGAUAGGCUAUGUCCUUGGCCUCGGAGAUAGGCAUGGUGAAAAUAUCCUUUUUGAUGGCCUCACUGGCGAUACGGUCCAUGUUGAUCUGAAUUGUCUGUUUGAAAAGGGCACUACGUUUGAAAUUCCGGAGCGGGUCCCCUUCCGGCUGACUCAGAAUCUUGUGGGCGCGUUGGGUGUUACGGGGGUGGAAGGCGUGUACCGCAAGGCCGGUGAAAUCACCUUGGACAUCCUUCGCUCCAAUAGCGAUUCCCUGAUGAGUGUCUUGGAGGCGUUUGUGCAUGAUCCGCUGGUCGAAUGGGCACGUUCCGGCCGUGGGAAGAAAAGUGCCGAGAAGGAUGUCCGUGAUAUCCGUCACUCUGCCGACAGGAACCUCCGACCUAUCAAGAGGAAGCUUCGGGGCAUCAUGAAGGAAAAGGACGACAAGAACACGGUGCUCUCCGUCCCCAGCCAGGUCGACUAUCUGAUCAAGGAGGCAACAUCUCCAAACAAUCUCGGUCUGAUGUAUCUCGGUUGGGCUCCUUGGUUGUAA